UAGGACAACCGUUCUCUCUCUUUCUCUGGAGCGCGAACACGAAAAUAUAAAGAUCUUCGCAAGACUAAGGUCAUACAUUCAUUCAUUCAUUCGUUCUUAUAGGAUCUUCUUUCUCGAAUAUAUGGCUGCCAGAUUCAUUUGGCGGUCUUCGGGGAAACUCGCGCUUGCUUGCGCCGGCCUUGGAACCGGAGUUGGUGCCGUAGCAAUUGCGACUUCCGACGACCCCGCAACCACAUUCAGACUCUUCUCCACGGUUCCUAUCCGUCUGGCCCGCCUAUCCGCCACCGCUGCAGCCAUUGCCUUAGAUUAUGAAUAUUCACUUUGGGGAUUGCGAGAGGAUAGCGCUGAAAGACUGCAGGUGAAGCAUGAAGUCCACCUAAGGGGAGCUCGCAGAGUUGAGGAAUUGUGUUUUAAAAACAAGGGCAUAUAUAUCAAGCUUGGACAACAUAUUAGUCAAUUGGAGUACCUUAUACCUCAAGAGUAUGUACAAAUAAUGAGGGAGUCUUUGUUGAAUAAAUGUCCACUUUCUUCUUAUGAUGAAGUUUGUGAAGUUGUGAAGAAAGAACUUGGAGGUGCACCUGAAGAAAUUUUUAAGGAGUUUGAUCCUGUUCCUAUUGCAAGUGGUUCCCUUGCGCAAGUGCACAUUGCUCGUACUCAUGAUGGGGAAAAAGUUGCUGUAAAGGUUCAACAUGCUCACAUGACAGAUACUGCAGUUGCAGAUUAUGCAACCGUUGAACUUAUUGUUAACUUCUUGCAUAGGCUUUUCCCUUCAUUUGAUUACAGGUGGUUGGUUGAUGAAGUGCAUGAAAGUCUACCUAAGGAACUAGAUUUUUUGAUGGAGGCCAAGCACAGCGUAAAAUGUAUGGAUAACUUUAGGAAGUUAUCUCCUCAUUUUGCAGACUAUAUUUAUGCCCCAAGUGUGUACUGGAAUUUAAGCAGCACAAAGUUGUUGACAAUGGAGUUUAUGGAUUGUGCUCAAGUUAACGAUGUUAAGAGAAUCAAACAACUCGGAAUUCAGCCAAUUGACGUAGUAAAGCUUGUUAGUCAAGCUUUUGCCGAAAUGAUCUUUAAACAUGGAUUCGUGCACUGUGAUCCACAUGCAGCCAAUUUAUUAAUUCAUCCAAUGCCCUCUAGCGGAAGAAACAUUCUAGGCAGGAGAAAGCCACAGUUAGUACUUAUAGAUCAUGGAUUGUACAAGGAGCUCGAUCUCCCAACCCGUACUAAUUAUGCUGCUCUCUGGAAGUCGCUUGUAUUUGCUGAUGCCAAUGGAAUAAAGGAAAGUAGUGUGAAACUGGGGGCGGGCGAAGACUUGCAUGAAAUAUUUGCAGGAAUUCUUACAUUCAGACCCUGGAAUAAGGUGAUUGAUCCAGCUAUUGAUCAUCUUGCCAUACAGGUUGAUGGGAGUAAUCUUAACCAAUUCCAGAUGUAUGCCUCUCAGCAUUUCUAUCAGAUUUCAGAGCUUAUAUGUAGGCUGCCUCGUGUAAUCUUGUUAAUGUUGAAGACGAAUGACUGCAUACGUGCAGUUAAUGGUGCACUGGUGAAGGGUUCUUCCCUGGAGACGUUUCUGAUUAUUGGGAGAAUUUCCAGUGAGGCAGUGAUUGAGAGCAGGUUGAAAGAGAGCAAGUCACUGUUAAGUCGUAUAAGGAUAUGGGUAGAUGGAUUUGCGUUGGAAAUGCGAUUGUUUGCAAUGCAUAUGGCUCUGUGGGUUCUACGUUUCAGGAAAACUUUGUCAUUAUAAUUAUGUUGCAAUGCAUACUACUACUACUACAACAGGUAUAUUCUUUAUCUCAGCAGUUUAGGUGUUAUUGGAUAUCCAUUCCAUACAAUCAUACAAAGAUUAAAGACUAGGGAUUAUUAUUAUUUGUUGUUACCAAAGAACAACUAAUAUGAUAAUAAUAAUAAAUAAGCUGAGGAGGUGUUAUUUGAUUAGUAGUAAAAUACCCAAUUUGAAUGACUUGUUUAUUUGAAGAGCAUGAGUUUGUUGUGCAAUAUAACAUUUGACUACAUUAUUAUUAUUAUUAUUUAUUACAUAUUA